CAGCCUGCACACUUUUCCCCUCUCCCAUUUACCAACUCCAGGCUACACUAUUCUUCCUCCGCAGUCUUAGAUUUUCUUUCACCCCUUCUUUGGUUUGCUUUCUUUCUUGCAAUUUCGACCAAAAGUGGGGAUCUUUUCAGGCACCCAAUUCUUUGCUUUGUAAGUUUCUUUCUUCUUUUUUUCUCUUCAGUUUCUGUAUUUCACUUGCAACAAGAAUUAGGGCUUUUCUUGGGUGCCCUUCUUUCAUCUGGGUUUGCUCUCAUUCUUGCCAUUUUGACCAAAAGUGGGAUCUUUUCAGGUACCCAAUUCUUGGGUCUGUACGUUUCUUUUUUCUUCCUUCUCUUUAAUUUCUGAAACCUCUGGUUUCUCACUUGCAACAAGAAUUAGGGUUUUUUUUUUUAAGGGGGGCCUUCUUUCAUUCUUGCUGUUUCGACCAAAAGUAGGUCCAAUUAUUGGGUUUGUCGAAAUUUUCUGGUAGCAACGAAAAUUGGGACUUUUAGAGGCCCUGAAAUGCCACCUUCUGCUGAUUCAAAGCUGCCUCUGAAUAAAUUAAACCUAAAAACACCAAACCGAAAUACCAACGUCGUCACCAUUGAUGUUGGGGGUCAGCUCUUUCAGACCACCAAGCAAACUCUAGACCUUGCCGGACCCAAAUCCCUCUUUUCUAGAAUUCUCGAUUUUUCUGAUCAAAACCCUAACACUAACCCUCAUGUGCCGUUCAUUGACAGAGACCCUGAAUUAUUCUCAAUCCUUCUCUCUCUCCUCAGAACCGGUCAUCUCCCAUCGAAAUCAAAGGCUUUCGACUUCGAAGACCUAAUCUCCGAAUCCAAAUUCUACGGCAUCGAACCCCUACUUCUGAAUUCCCAUUCGAACCCAUCGCAGUUUGAAGCUUUCAAUCUUGAAAAAUCGUUGCUUUUACCCUUGAGUGGGCGAGACUCGCCGUCGGCCAUCUCCACGACGCCGUUUGGAUCCGUCCACGUGGCACACGGGAGCAAAAUCACCUCAUUCGAUUGGUCUCUCCAUAGAAAAUCCACGAUUUUGACUCAAUUCACGGCAGUCGAUUCUCUAUUAGCUUUGUCCCCAACUAUUGCCGCGGCUGGUGCAACUGAUUUUUCUGGGUUACAGGUGAUUGAUUUUGAGAAGGGUUUUGUUAGAGAGACACUGAAUUGGGAAAAUGUUACUAGGUCUAGUUCAACAGUGCAGGCAAUUGGGUGUUCUCCUGACUAUUUAUUCACUAGUUUUGAGUCCGGCCGCCGAAAUUCGAAUUCGAUCAUGGUUUAUGAUUUACAAAGUGGGUUUCGUCCGGUUACCGAGAUAGGUCAUUAUGAGAUUUUUGGUGCUAAUCUUGAUUCAGCAAUCCCUGCUACAAAAUUGAGUUGGGUUUCUAGUAAAAAUUUGUUAAUGGCAUCGGGGUCACAUAGUGGACCUUCUGGAGUACAGGGAAACAUCAAAUUUUGGGAUAUUAGGUCCGGAAAUGUGGUAUGGGAAAUCAAGGAAAAGGUUGAUUGCUUUGCGGAUGUCACGGUUUCAGAUAAUCUUUCGGCUAUUUACAAGGUUGGUGUGAAUUCGGGCGAGGUGUUCUUCGUGGAUUUGAGGAAUAUCGGUACUGAGAAUUCAUGGGUUUGUCUUGGUGAUAAUAGAAAGGUGAUCAAUGGGAAGAAAGAGGGUGUUGGGAGCAGAAUUGAAAGCCGGGGUAAUCAAGUCUUUUGCAGUAAAGGAGGGGAUUUAGAGUUGUGGUCAGAGGUUCUGAUAGACUCUCUGAGGAAAGGCGAACAUGGUUUAGAGGACAGGGUGUUCAGAAAGAAUUCGGUGGGGAGAGCGAAGGAUAUGGGAGGAAGUCGGAUAACCUGCUUGGGAUUUGGAGGGAACAAAAUGUUCGUGACACGCAAGGAUCAGCAAUUUGUUGAGGUUUGGCAGAGUUCUGUAAGGGGAUUUUGAUCUCAAUUGUUCUAUUUGUGUUCACGAAUACAGUGUGAUGUUUCAUUUUUUUUUUCAUGUAUUAUUUAGGAUAGGGUUCUUCAUUUUAUUAAAUUGUAGACAAUGAUACUAAUAUAAGAUCAUAUUUUCUGUACUGGUGUUUUUUGUUUUCUAUGCAGUUGACUUUUCAAUAA